AUGGAGACGGGUGUAUGUGUGGAAGGGAGUUUGGCGGCUGUGGACAUGUACACCUCCAGCGCCGAGCUAGAGACCGUCGAGCUUGGGCAUCAGGAUGGAAGGGUUUGGAAGUGUGAAGUGAGCGAAGCUCACAUGAAGGGCUCAAUCUGCCGGCAGAGUGAUGGGGCGGCCACAGGCACCUGGUCGGCCCGGAGGGUAUCCAAGCCUUCCGUGUUGAGGCAGAUGUCGGUGUAUGCUGACAGCCUCUUGAUAUGGUCGGGUGACAAAGUCAGAGCAUCGAGUGUUGACGAGACCCUGAGCUUUCGACAACUUGCAAUGAGCACGGGUCGGGUCUACUUCGAGAUCUCCUGCGAAGAUCCGCAGUGUCUGCAGUCGCUACGUUUCGUCUCCACGUCCGAGAUGGGUGCUCCCCACACUGCCGACCUUGCGAAGAGCUCCUCCGAAUUACCCCAAGUCACCCCGUGCGUGCCCCCCCCGGUCGUCCGCAAGGACUCCGAUGACUGGGGUGGUGGUGCCUGGGGUGGUGACUGGGGCUUGACCGAGAAAACGAAAGAGACUGAGAAGGAUCAAGGCCUCGAGUCCUUGCUCGCAGCAAAGGUCGAGGAGGAGCUCACCAAGAGAGCUGCGGCCUCGUUCUCGCUACCAGAUCUGGUGGCAGGAGAUGUCUUGGGCGUGCUUUAUGAUGAGGCACAGAACCAGGUCACCCUCUUUCAGAAUGGCCGCUUGCUUUCUGAGAAGCCGCUGAAGGCUCCGAAAGUUCCGGUCUUCCCCGAGAUGGUGCUGAAGGGAAAGAAGUCCAUGCUGCUCAACUGGGGACAGCGGCCCUUUCAAAGCGCACCUGAAAGGGUCGUGCCCGCGUGCGCGUGCCUCCUUCGUAAUCUGAGCCUCAUCGACUGCCGCAAGGCCCGGCAGGUUCAGGACAACCCACUGCUCCUGGCCCGAAUCCCCAGCUUCUGGGGUGACGGCAUUCCCGCAUACCUCUACCCGCGAGAUGGGUCUCAGUUCGGCAACACCUCCGUAUCGCCUGGCGACAUCAUCCUUUGCCACGAGCUGAAGGACGGCUGGGCGAGACACGACUUGGGCUGGUCCAAAGCGGAAUGCUUCAUGGACCAUAAGGAAGCGCUAGAUGCCGAAGAUGAUCUGGAGCCGGUUAUCCUUUGGGGGAAGCCCACCGAGGGCGAGGAGAAGUGCACUGUGGUGUUCGCACUGCGGGGCGGGUCGCUGUGGAAGCGCGUGGAGACUGAGCCCUGGCGCCAGCUGGAGGUCCUGAGGUGGAGCAACGGCCUGCUUACCGACGACCUGGACAGCCUUGCCGUGACGGAGGAGACCAAGGCGCCAGGCCAGGGCGAUCCCAUCUUUCCAGGUGAGAAGCCUCACCCGAGCCUGCGAGAAGGUGCCCGAGUGGUUCACGCGAGCAUGGGCCCGGGAGUGCUGCUGGGAUGGAAGCAUGCCGGAGUUCGCACUGGAGACACCUCCGGAGGCCUCAGUUCCGAUAACUACGUCCGCAUCAAGUUUGACACAGGUAAAACAGCCGGGUGGAAUGUGGAGGCGUGGCAAGUGCACUUUGCAGAUGCCGGAGAGGGUUUGGAGCAGAAGCUCCGGCAGCUGCAGCGGCUCGCGCAGCGGGCGCAGCUGGACUUCCAGCUGGGUACGGCGAAGGCCAAAACAUCCGGCGUGAAGGUGCAAGCCGGUACCUGGCACCUCCUCACCGUGUCGGCCAACCUCCCGCAGUCGCUGUCGCUGUGGCUGGACGGGGAGCGGAUCUUGGAUGUGGAGCCAGGAAAUCCAGACCUUCGCAGCAGUGGGCCUUUCUCGCUGGCGCUCGAACGAGGUAUAUCGGUUUUCGGCAUGGCCGACCCGACCCGAGGCUCGUCGACCGCCUCCCGGAAGAAUUGGAUGCUGGGAGGUGACCUACGCGAGAUUCGGUUUGGCUUGGACCACUUAGCCUCAAAGGCGCAGGUGCUUCAGCUUCAUCAGCCUCGGGGGGUGUGGCUUUGUCGCAACUCUGCGUGCGAACGCCAGGGCAGACAGACUCGGAAUGCCUCCACCUCCCGACGCUGCUGGAAGUGCAAGACAGAAAGGCGCAAGUCGGGCGCACCCCCUCCUGAGAACCCGAACCCAAAGACGGGCUUGUUCACGGUGGUGGCGGACACCUUCGAGGAAGUGGUGCUGCAGUCGGACGCCCACGUCUUCAUCGACUGCACCGCCGACUGGUGCGGACCCUCUGUCGUCAUCAAGCCUUUCGUUUAUCAGCUUGCCAAGAUCACGCAGCCCCUGGAGGACAUCCGGGUGGCGAUGAUGGACACGGACGAGAACAUGGUGGACCCAGAGCUUUUCCCGGAGCCUUACAUUCCGAACAUGAAGCUCUUCAUCCGGGGCAAGAAGGACAACCCGGUCAAGUUCGACGGCCAGCGAACCCUCGAGGGCAUGAUCCGGUUCGUGCAAGACCACACGGGCAUUGAGUUGGGGAACAAGUUGCAGGAGAAGUAUCCGGACUACAAAAUGGCGAAGAAGAUUGAUGAGAAAAUUCUUGGAGCUGAGCGGGCGGUGCGCGAGCUUGCCUCGAAGUUCAGUUUGACCAGGUUUCGCUCGCCUGGCUCUGCCGUCUACCAGAUUGCGGCGGAGUACUGGCACGAUCCAGACUCCUGUACCCGGCGAGUGGAGUGGCUCUCGGCUCAGGAAGCUUUGGAGCAGGUCGCUGGAAUCACCCACGCGGCCCUGGAGACAAGCCAGCCAGAAAAUCCGGCGCCCGCUGUUCUCCAAGCUUUGCUGCGGCAAUCUGCACCCGUGUGCAGCAGCCAGCCGCCACGACCAACCCAGAGUCCCAUGGAUGAGACGGCGGUCCGGAAGCACUGGGAGUACUUGGAGUCGGCCAUCCUUCGAUCCUCAGGCAAGAAGCUCAAGGACACCCUGGACGACCUCUUCCGGCAAGGCUACCCGGUGGAUGCUGGGCCUUUCGGCUACUCCGGCUUCUGGCUGGCUGCCGCUCGUGGGAAGCUGGAGGCGGUCCAGGCCCUCUUCGACUGGGGCGCCAACAGCCACCUGCAAGGUGCCCGGGAGCAGCUCCUCCCCGUGGAGGUGGCUAGCUACAUGGGCCACACCGACGUGGUGGUGUGGCUGAUCAAGAGAGGGGUCUACCCAGGCAAAGUUCUGCACUUCGCCGCGAAGAGUGGGCAUCUGGGCAUCUUGGACAAGCUCGUCCUCUCGAGCCGCGAGAGCUCGCAGAAGGGGGAGGAUGACCAGGAUGUGCGUCGGGAUCCCCUACUUCGCUUCCACCUCACUUCCCCCUGCUCCUGCUGCGGAUGGACCCCGAUCUUGCUGGCGGUGAACUUCGAGCAGGUCGCCGCCGGCCGCAUGCUGAUUCCGGCCACGAGCGAUGAGGAGCUGAAGGAGCCCCUCAGGCCGAAAGUCUGCGAGCUCGCCGGCUUGGCGCGCGGCAGCAGCUUGCUGCACUUUGUGGCUGCCAAGGGCGGCUACUGUGGGGAGCUCAUCGACUUGCUUGUCUCAAGGUGCCCAGAACUGCUGGACAUGCAGGAUGAGCUGAAGCAGACUCCCUUCGACGUGGCCACCCCGCAGAUCCGGCCGAAGCUGAACAAGCUCUACCUCGGCUGCGCGCAGUCCCUGCGAUCCAACUUCCUUGCCAGCACGGACCGCAUCUCGUGGCCGGACCUCCGCCGCCAGCUCAAGGAGCACUUCCGGAAGGAGGUCCAAGCGCAUGACCUGCAGAAGGUGCAGAGCAUUGUGCACGAGUCGCAGGAGAUUUGUCGACCAGCCUCGCAGGCUUUGCAAAGCGAUGAGUUCUUGCCCCAGGUCAAGGAGCUGGAGUCCUCUUUGCCCAGCUCUGGGUCUUCCAAGCCGCCGGCGCCUCUCAGCGACGGCCUGGAAGCUGCUGCGAAAGCGCCGGAGGACCGCCUGCUGGACAUGCUCAAGGGGCUGGCUGCGGCGGAGGGGCUAGAAGUGAAGGUUGUGAAGGUCGACGCUGCCAGCAGUACGCCGGGCUUCCGAAGGGUCCAUGUGGAUCUGCAGAGCUGCCUGGCGAUCCUGAAGGUCGUGUCCUGGCUGCGGUCGCACGAAGGAGUGGGCUGGCAGGGGAUGCGGAACCACUUUGCCACGCCGAACGCCCUGGGAGUUCGUGAGCUCAUCUGCUACCUGGACAUGCGCAGCCCAAGUGCCGAAGCUAGCGGCGGACACGGCGAUCAGUGCCUCUUGUUCUUGAGGCACAGGAGCUUCUCCCAAGUGCUGGAGCAGGUGGAGGAGAAGCGCCAGGAGCUCAGCAAGGCCCUGCAGGAGCUGAUAGGCCAGGAUCCGGGGGCGGAGGCCUUCUUGCUGGGCCAGCUUGGGAUGGACCCGAGCCAGGAGGUCCUGCGGACCUCCCGAGGCGACUUGGAGCAAGCCCUGGGCCAGGGGAGCAAGUUAGAAGACCAGGACUCAUCCGGCUGGUCGGCGCUGAUGCUGGCCGCGCAGCUGAACGACACGGAGGCGGUGAAGUGGAUGCUGGAGAAGGACCCAAGCAUUGGCCUCAAGACCAACCGGGCCGGCCAGACAGGCAUGAUGUGGGCCAGCUGGUGGAGAGCCUCUGAGAUGCUGACGAUCUUCCGGACCCGCGGGUUUGAGUUGACCCAUGGGGAUCAGGAGGGGCUGCGAAGGCUUUGCGAGGCUCAGAAGCAAGCCGAAGACUCGGACGACUUGGCAGCCCUGGCCCUGCUCCGGGUGGACCCGACUGAGCUGGAGUCUGUGGGAACGCAGGUUGAGAUGGACAACACGGCUGUCGAUGGCAGCCUGCGGGGCAGGAUGGGAGACCAGCACGCAGCUUCUGUCAAGGAGGUUUCUGUCUACUACACUCCGAAUCGCCUCAUCGCCGGCUUCGUGAUGUCUCUCUCCAAUGGUGUGCACACUGGGCAGGUCUUGGAUGAGCACGGUGGCUUGCUGUCGCCCGAGGACUACGGCCAAGUGAGCUCGAAGGAGACCGUACCCCUCGACGGCUACAUCUGGAAGGUGCGAAGUUGGGAUGCCAAGCCCUGGCAGAAUGCACUGUGCUGCCGCCUCGAGCUCAUCGUGGCCAAGGGCCGGAAGAAGCUCGUGCUGCGCUUCCCCUGCGAGGAUCCGGGGCACCUGGAGCAGGAGCCGGAUUUUCAGUAUGUGCAGGAUCCAUCGCAGUCGGGCGAGAGCCAAGUAUGUGAGCUGCACUUCGACGGCAAGGGGCGCUGCGUGGACGUCACCACCACAGGAGUCCUCCAAGGUGGAAUCGCUGGCCUGAGCAUGUUCGAGAGCUUGCAAGGCGACCUCUCGUCCAAAUCCAGUCUGGAGAGCUUCCUCCUGGACACACUGCUUCCCUACUGGGAGAAGGAGAGAGAGCGCCGAUGGCCCCACGUCCAGAAGAGCUUGCUGGAGUGGAGCGACGGCUCUUCCAUGAAGGGCUUGGUGGAGGCCGCAAAGCUGUUCGUGCUCAAGUCCAUCGCCGAGGGCUCAGCCGCCUCCCCCCAGACCAUCUUCGCCAUUCACGUCCACACGCUGCACUCGCGAAUCAAUGCGGAGUGUAUGCGGGCGAUGCUGAGCCAGGACGCGCGGCUGCGGCGACUCUGGUCGCCCUACGUCAAGCACGUCCUUAAUGCUCUGCAGGCUUGCCCUCGGCACCAUGGCACUGCCUUCCGCACCGUGACCUUCGAGGACGGCGACGGCAGCGGGGAGCCGUGCGUCGAGCAGUAUCUGCAAGACAAAGGGCUGGAGGAGGGCGCUGAGGUCACAUGGUUGGGCUUCACAAGCGCCACGAGCAGCCCAAGCGUUGCCAGCAACCUCCUCUUAGAGGACGCUUGCCAAGCCGGGCGCCCGAAGAACUCCGCGGGGGUCAUCUACAAGGUCAUCGACUCCAGAGCCGUCUCCGUCGCACCUUACACCAACUUCCCCGAGAAGCAAGAGCUGCUCUUUGAGCCGGACGCGAAGUUCAAAGUCAAGGGCCUCUAUCAGCUCACGGACUACAUGCUGCAGAAGGGCGGCUCUGCGCCGUCGGAGUGGAACAUUUCCUUCUCCGAGCUCACGCAAGCUCCCCUGAAGCGCGCGGUGGCUGGGAAUCAGCGGGAUCUACUGAUCCUGCUUCAGCAGGAGCCAGCCGAGGGGCCUGCGGCCACUUCCUUCGUGGCCGGGAAGUGCAUGCGCCCAACUGAGCUUCGAGGAAUCCGCUUGUCCACGCUGGUCAAGAUCUACGAAACACACAAAGCCAGGUUGGAGACGCUGAUCUACUGCUCUCACAUGAACAAGUGGCGCUGCUGGAAUAUGCACGACGUGGUCAAGGAGAUCAUCAUUCCAGAGACGGACAAGCGACGGGUGAGCUAUGCCGAGAUGCUGGGGCAAAACAAGGUCGAGUAUUUUGUCUCACACUGGUGGGGCAAAGAGUUCAGGCACUUCGUCAAGGCCUUGCAGUGUUUUGCCACGGCCAUCGGCGAGAACGAUCCGAUUUUUUGGAUAUGCUCAUUUGCGAACAGCCAGCACGAUGUGGACUUGGGUUCAUGUUUGUCAUUGAGCCCCUUCAACUUGGCGUUGAAAGUCUGCAAGGGUGUGGUGAUGGUCCUCGACGAUGAACUAGUGACGCUGAAGCGCAUCUGGUGUCUGUAUGAGGUGAUGCGGGUCUUCCAGCUCGGGCUUAGCUUCGACCUCACCACGCACGAAGGUUGCCUUUCGCGCUGUGGGCCACGAGACUUCGGCUUCGGCGGCAACGCCGGGCUCAAGCGCGCCUCUCGCCAACCGGGGCGCAACUUCUCAACGUCGACGUCUCCAACGCACAGGCUUCUGACGAGAAUGACAUGGCCACGAUCCUGCAAGAGAUUGAUGACAAGGUCGGCCGCCCGCAGAUGA